UGAUUUAUGGACAAUGUAAUCAUAAAGCCACCUCCAUUGGUUCUAAAUGAUAGAAGGGGAGGGGGUGUUUUAACAAUCACCCCUCAGUUAACACCAACCUCACACACAAUGCCACAGAGGCUCCACGACAGCACACGUCACACAAUAGGGUUCACCCUGCUAUAAAAUGUGGGAUGCGAGCAUGCAGCAGUCUUACCCCAUCCCUCCCUCCCUCCCUCAUACUCUCUCUUUUACUCUCUCCUUCCCUUUCGCUCACAAGGAUCUCUCAGCGAGCAUGAGAAGACACUGAGAGGACAUUCACACCGGACUCCUGGACACUGAUGACCUGCAGAGGACGACUCUGCAACUGACAUUUCUGCACAUUUCGACACACAUACAGCUCUACUCAGCACCAUGACCAGGAAGGUGUUCACCAACACGAGGGAGCGCUGGCGCCAGCACAACGUCAACACUGCCUUCGCCGAGCUCCGCAAGCUCAUCCCCACCCACCCUCCAGAGAAGAAGCUGAGCAAGAACGAGAUCCUGCGUCUGGCCAUGCGCUACAUCAACUUCCUGGUGCAGCUGCUGGAGAGCCAGAGCGGUCAGCCGGCCAGCCACUCCCCCACCGCACUGCUCACCUUUCUCAGAGGGAAUAUGGAGCAGCUGCACUCCCCUCCGCACCCCUGGGCUAUGACCAGCGACACAGAAGUCCCGUCACCUGGAUCCAGCUGUGACAGCUCCGAGGCCUGGUAGAAGCACAAAAAAUAAACUCUUGAGUGGACCUUCUGACCCUUUCACUGGGUUUAAAAACUGAUCUAGUCCUUCCUCAAGACUCUUUUUGUCUCUGCAUUUCUCACCCUGUGUGUGACUCGUUUCAGUGCAGGAGAUGCAAUAUUGUGUGAUAAUUGUGGACUCCAAACGUGGUUGAAAAUGUGGGCGCAGCCUCCACGCUGAUCAGUGUUGAAAUAUAAUUUGCAGGUGAAAAUUAAUUUGUAUUCUGCAUGGAUGUGUAAAAACCUGGAUGUACAAUAUUCCCCUCAUGUCUUCAUAUUAAUAUUCCUUGUUGCCGGCCCGCCUGGAACUAAUUUAGUUUUGCAGUGACGGGGUGUUUUGCCGAUGAGGAAAAUGGAGGGGAUUAAGGAAUUUCUCAUUUCAAGCAAUAGAUCAGCAUUUAAAUAGAUAAUGGCUCAGCCAAUUCUCCAGACUGCAAUCGUCUCAAAAUAGCCAAGGGCACUUUUUCUUCAUCUUCUUUUUUUCUUUUUCAUCGACAUGCUGUUUUUUUUUUCUCAAGAAGACAAAAUCUGGCCUUUAUUUUCACUUACCAAGGUUACCUGACUUCAGAAGAAUCAGUUCUGUGAAACACUUUUCCUGUUUCUCACCCUUUUACACAACAAUGUUCAGUAUUUGUUGAUUACAGAUUUGUGGUAUUUAGGACUGGGCUGAGGAAUUUCGGCAAAACUGACAAUCCUCUUUCAGUUAUUACAUUUAAAUGUGUUUUUAUUUGAGUUUUUGUAAAAUACGCAUGUCAUAUAGCCAAAGAUUAUGAAUUGAUUGUCUACUGUGAAGAGUGUGCUAAUUAUCUUCUGAUACCUCUUUUUGUAAGUUAUUUUGGUGUGCUUGUGAAUAUACAGUAUGUUAUUUAUUUGAACUAUUUAUUUAAUAAAUGAUUUGUUAAUAAAACACCUUCUGAAUCUUUUUAAUCAAAGAGGUCACUCAAAUCAAUCGUAUGUUUUGCAGGAAACACUUAAGCGCUACCAAACAUUGAAUUUCUGAGUGGACUCCAAGCUCUUCACUAUAUCUAAGUGUGUUUUCGCACUGAAAGAAUGACAAAAGAAAGUAUAUUCCAGUCUGUAUGCACAUCAGUUUGAAUGAUUUUUCAGUGUUGAAGGACACAAAUGUCUCACAAUGCAUUGCGCAAAGAAAAUAGAGGAGAAGCUGCAAAGAAAUAUAUAUAAAUUGUGAUAUAACAGCCCAGAAACACCUAAGAAAGCAAAAAAAUUACGAUUAAAUCAUUGGAUAUGUCACAGCUAAAUAAAAUGCAUCUGCACAAAUGCUGUAUCAUUUCUAUAUAGUAUAACACAAUUUAGUAUGUUAAUUGUUUUGUAUACCAACUAGAAAAAUAACAUUUACUGAUACAAGAAGUAUAAACUGUAUAUAAAAUAGUAUGUGGUGUGACAUUAGAGCACACUGUUCUCUCUACUCUAAUGAAAUUAUUUCACACUUUGUGAGACACAUCUGACCAUAAGUUAAGAGUGGAGCCGCUACGUCUUUGUUCGUGCUCAAUAAGCCCAGAAACAUUUGUCCACAAGUCCUAUGAUGACCAUGUGGACACAAAGCUGACCUCUGCUCUCUGUCCACUGACCAGAGGUCUGUGAGAAGAGCCCUGAAUGUGACAGCUUAACUUAUGACCCUGGGGUGGGAGGUCACUCUGCAGUC